AUGGCAGGCGGGCACACUCGCGACGCUCACCGGUGGCGCGGGCUGCGUAUCGGCGUCGGAUGCGGACUGCGGCCGGCCGCACCACUCGCCAUCCGAGACGGGACUGAGCCCGAGGCGGCCGGGGCGGCGGGCGGGCGGCCGCGCGCGCGCACCAGCUCCACACCCGGUUAUGACAGGGGGGCGGGGCCGCCGGGCCGCUCA